AGGAAGUGAGGUAGGCCCUGAGAAGACUCCGACGUACCUAGGCAUACACCCGCUGCCAGAACUGAGCACUUUCCGUACACGAUUCAUUUUGCUACAUGACUUUCCAGUAUUAUUUUUAAUCACGAUGCUUCUACCGGAGUCAGGACAUGCCCUGCAAAACGCAUAACCAACAGCUGGUGGAGUUGCUCCACCGGCGCGGGGCUUGAAAUUGCAAGUUCCGCUUUGGAAAGAUGGACCUUAAAAGAAGACUGCCAAAGAACGAAAGGAGGGGGUGGUUUGCGCGCGGGGCUGCAGCCAAAGUCUCUCCCGCCGUCCUCCCCGCUGUCGGCGAAGUUGCACGCGAGGCGCCUCUUGUCUCCUCGCGUCAUUGCGCGCUCAACAAAGAAAACAUGUCGGACACAAUAAAGGAAAAAGCAGCCCGCUUGUUAAGGAAAAGAGGCAGCAUAUCCUCUUUAGGAAGCCAUGAAGUCAAGGCAAAGGAAUUUAUUGGGAAAAACAAAGACUCCAUAAGUACAGCAUCUUAUAUGGAUGAAGCUGGUCACCAUGAUGAUAUUCUUCGUCCUGCUGUUCAGAUAGAAAACACAUACCAGUUGGGUCCUGCAAAAUGCUUUCCAGUGGUUACUGUGAAUAAUAUCUUGAAGGAUGUGGUAACAAGUUAUCUUCAAGAAGAAAAAUAUGAAGCAGAGUUGUGCAGACAAAUGACAAAGACAAUCUCUGAGGUAAUUAAGGCUCGAAUAAAAGACCUGAUGAUACCAAGAUAUAAAAUUAUUGUGAUUAUACAUAUUGGACAACUAGACAAGCAGAGCAUACAAAUUGGAAGCAGAUGGCAAGCCUAAUACUAUCCUUAUGUACUGGCAAGAAGAAACAACAGAAGGCAUAUUAUGAAUUGCACAUUUAUUGCAAAAGCAGGAACUACAAAAAAGAGAAGAUAUCUUUGCAUGUUUGAAAAUGGUUUGUCAAUUUGUGCAGUAUCUCACAUGGAGUGGUACUUAGGAAGUACCUCAGAGCUGGGAACUACAACAGGUAUCAAAACCACCUAUUUCUAGAUUUUAUUUUCUAAUGUAUUGUAGCUAUGACAUAGCAUCCAUGCCACCAUCUGAUUCAUUUUUAGCACAGUGAACUUAGAGUGCUUUCACUGCAGCCAACAGCACAGCAAGAGAUUAUGAGCCGCAUGACAUCAUCGUGCCUUUUUUGUAUAGACUUUUGUUCCUUGCCCCACAGAUCUCUUUCAGCCUCGGAACUGGGUUGGGUAAAUUCAUUGCUUUGGAAUUCAGGCUUCUGGACUUCAUUUUCACUGGCACCUGUAGCGUCAUUAAAAUCAAGUAGUAAAUGUGGAUGGUUUUCUUGAUAUGUUGUGUGGAAAUGAUUAAAAUAAGAAAGUUGGAAAGGUCAUGCAAACUUUAAUAAUAUUUUAAUGUUGAACUGUGGGUAACCCAGAUUUCAAAGCAACUUUGAUAUUGCCAACUUAAACCCCAAUCUAUUUCUUUUAAUUUUCGUGUGUGUUAGGGUCUGAAAUAUGAAUAAAAUAAAUAUUUACAGCAUAAACUGGGAGCAUAAUUCUAAGAAAAUUAACAUACAAAUGAAAUUCCAUUGCUUUUAAUGGAAUUUACUUACAAAAAAUGUGUUCACAAUUGAAUCCUAUCAGGAGGAUUAUCCCAGUUGCAUUGAAAAUGAUACUAACUUGGAAACAAUGUAUGUGGGGGAAAAGGAAAUGAGGGAUACAUUUUUCCUCAACUUUGUCUUCCCAUAUCUGAAUAGAGAUUAUAUUUCCAAGGCCACAAAUAUAAAAAAACAAUCUGAUUUACUUCAGUGGGACUUAACAAUUAUCUUAUUACCAGAAUAUACUUUUUAAGACUUUAAAAACUCAGAACCUAAGUAAUAGAAAUAUAUAAGUGCAAUGCUCUGCUGUUUCAGGUAUCUAUCUGACAUAGUAAAACCCUAUACUCUCAGAGUUAAGAAAUACUUGUAUAAAAACUCCAAAUUAGGUUACUUUUUGCUACAUAAUAAAGAUUUAUGCUGUUUCCAUGCACAGCUCAAGGCCCUGGUACUUAUCUGUAAAGUGUUGCAUGGCUUGGGACAUUGGUACCCGAAGGGAUUUUUGCCUCCACAUCCCUAUUUGUGCACAAAGAUCAUCAUCUGUGGACUUACCAACCAUCAGCAGUGAGGUAAAGGCUUUCUCACUGUUGUGACCCCUUUAUGGUUUCCCUAGAAGGCUCUUUAUCUUUUUGGCACCAAAACUUUUUUUAAAAAAAUAGCUUGGGGUUUUACCUGCUGUUUUAUACUUUUUAGUUUGGUCAUUAUCUAGUUAUAUAUUUGUUUUUACUAUGUAACCCACCCUGUGAAUAUUUAAUCUGAAGGAUGACAUAGACAAUGUUUUUAAAUUUUUAAAUAAAAUGCCACUGAUUCAGACUUCU